CUGCAGUCAGCAAACAGAGGAAAUUCAAGUUUAUUUCUAUCUGCUUUCCUACUUUAAGAAGCACGAUGAGUGAGUGCAGAACUUCUACAGGAAAGAAAAGAAAGACAGCUGACUUCACUCAGAGACAGAGAAAGAUAAGAAAGUCUGAACGAGAGAUCCCUGUCACCAUUGCCAUGUCUUCAGGACUCCUCUUCAAGCAAGAACAGGAGGGCUAUGGCCCUGCCUUCAAAUUUGUCAAGGCUCUGAAAGCAGUCAAUGCUGAACUCAGACACCAUUACCCUGAUAGUAACGAGCUCUUUAAAGUCAUAUUCAUCGAUGACACCACAUCAUCAGACUUUCUCAUGGACCAGACCUGUGAACGCAAUCAACUUGUGAGUGAGUUAAGAAGAAACAAUACCCACCUGUACCUGUCUGAUGAACCAAACAAGGUUCAGGAAGCUUUGAAUGCAGGUGUAGCAGCUGCUAUCAUGUUCACCCCAACAAACAUCAUCACAGAGUCUGAGAAUCAGCUGCGUGUUGCCUUUGAUGGCGAUGCUGUCCUCUUCUCUAAUGAGUCAGAGCUCGUGUUCAAGAGUGGACUACAAGCAUUCUUGGAUCAUGAGGAGCAAAAUGUUGAAAUUCCAAUGAAUGGGGGACCAUUCAGAGGAUUCUUGGAGGUUUUAAUAAAACUGCAGAAAAAGUUGAAUAAUACAGGCCUGUACAAGAAGUGUCCCAUUCGUACCUACCUGGUGACAUCUCGAGGGGCAGGCUGUCCUGGCUACAGAGCUUUAAACACUCUGCACCGGUGGCAUCUGGAGCUUGAUGAAGCUGUGUUUCUGGGAGGGGCUGACAAAGGUCCUAGCCUGCAGAGGAUCAAACCUCACAUCUUCUUUGAUGACCAGCAGAGACAUGUUGAUGCUGCACUGGAGGUCGGCACAGUGGCAUGCCUGGUGCCUUCACCAAACUAAUAAUAAAUAGCAAUCCAUUGAUUGGAUUUUAUAACUGCUGGAAAUAUGUGAACUUGAAAAGUAUGUUUCCAUAAUGCUUCAUGAAUGCAAAUAAAUUAACAAACAAACAUCUUUAUCUCAA